UCCACGCACGACGUCGACAUGGCAAGAAACGCGAAUGGAGCUCUGAUAGACGCCGCCGAGAACGGCUGUCUUCGUGGUGUCGAAGCGGCUCUGAAAGCAGGUGCAGACAUUGACCACGCCCAGGAGGACGAAGAGAGCUCUGGAACAGCGCUGCUAAUCGCCUCCAUCAAAGGGCAUGCAGACAUCGUGAAACUUCUGCUCCGCAAGGGGGCGUCCAUAACCAAGAGAAACAAGGGUAUAUCAUGUGCCCCCCUUCAUGGAGCGGCCGGCAACGGGCACACAGACGUUGUGGACUUGCUGGUAUAUCACGGUGCAACGUUAGACAUCCGGGACGCGUUCCAGAGGACACCCCUCAUGGCUGCCAUCAUGUUCAAAGAAGUCGCCACCGUCCGACAACUGAUCGAGCUUGGAGCGAGAGUUGACCUGGCCGAUGCUCAGGGCAAUACGACCCAGCAGUACUGCGAGUAUAACUUCAUUGGAGAAGAGUGUGACUGGGAACAUAAGGUGAUGAUGGAGCUGGUACAAGAGGCGACGAAGAACAAGCUGCUGAGAUGCUGCAACCCUACAUGUGGCAAACCGGGCUACAGGUCCACCCUGAAGCUGUGUGGCCGGUGCAAGCUGACCCGGUACUGCAGCCGAGACUGUCAGAAACAACACUGGUCUGUCGGACACAAGAAGAGCUGCGGACAAGACAUGUGCACUGUCAGUGACGGACUUAGGACCUUCCUAAAAAUGAUUGAGUUGGUGACAGGGAAAUUCAAACUCCGAGCUGUGCCCGCAACAGCAGCAAUCCUUACUCCUCGCGACAUGGCAAGAAACGCGAAUGAAGCUCUACUAGACGCAGCUGAGAACGGCUGUCUUCGUGGUGUCAAAGCAGCUCUGAAAGCUGGUGCCGACAUUGACCACGCCCAGGAAGACGAGGAGAGCACUGGAACAGCGCUGUUAAUGGCGUCCAUCCAAGGGCAUGCAGACAUCGUGAGGCUGCUGCUCCGCAAGGGGGCGUCCGUAACGAAGAGAAACAAGGGUAUAUCAUGCGCGCCCCUUCAUGGAGCGGCGGGCAACGGGCAUACGGAAGUAGUGGACUUGCUGGUGCAUCACGGUGCAACGUUAGACAUCCGGGACGCGUUCCUGAGGACGCCGCUCAUGGCUGCCAUCAUGUUCAAAGAAGUCGCCACUGUCCGGCAACUGAUCGAGUUCGGAGCGAGAGUUGACCUGGCCGAUGCUCAGGGCAAUACGACCCAGCAGUACUGCGAGUAUAACUUCUUUGGAGAAGACUGCGACUGCGCACUUAAAGAGAUGAUGGAGCUGGUACAAGAGACCAAGCUGCUGAGAUGCUGCAACCCUACAUGUGGCAAACCGGGCUAUAGGUCCACCCUGAAGCUGUGUGGCCAGUGCAAGCUGACCCGGUACUGCAGCCGAGACUGUCAGAAACAACACUGGUCUGUCGGACACAAGAAGAGCUGCGGACAAGACACGUGCCCU